AUUUUUACACUUUAUUGUAAUUAUCGUCGAGAGAAAAGUCAUUCACAAAAUUGCUAUUUUUAUUAUAACACUAAUAGAGAGUAAGACGAGAGUGAGAUAUAAUGUCCGCCGUUUGGGUCAUCAUUACUAUACCGACCAAAGAGUUUGAGCUCGAGAUUAAGGAAAGAGAGAAUCUCUUGGAUGUGAAGCGACCGAAGAUUGUCAACAAAUGUGAAUUGCACACAAUUAAUGAGGCAAACGAGAAUCUAAACAAUGAAUACCGCAAUAAAUUGGAUAAUUUAACGGAACCGCUGUUUGAAACAUUAGUGGAGGAAUCGCUCACAUAUUUAGGCAUCGAAGAAGCCGUUUGGCAAAAGUCAAAGAAUACCAGUUAUUAUGGCAUCUCAUUCGCCGUCGAUCUCGAAGACAGCGAUGCAGUCAUUCAGUACUUUAAGGCCAGAGGUGUGGGCAGUAAGGGAUCGAGUAUUGGUAUAAUUCCCUUCUCAUUGUACUGCUAUGAGGAUGAAUUGGAUCCGUUGGACGAGAUUGAGCUCAAUGAAAAUGGUGAGAAGGAUGUGCAGCGAAAACUUAGCAAUUUUAAGGCACUUCAGAGCAAUUUCCUGAAGUCAGUGACGGCCCGACUCACUGUCGCUCAGGUGGUCGACAAUGUGAGGAGCGGAGCGUCGCUCACAUUUGACUUCGUGUGUUAUCUCAUAUUCGCCUCUUGGAUCGCAGCCAUGGGUCUGCUCGACAAUAGUGUCAUCAGUUUAGUGGCCAGUAUGUUGGUCUCACCCAUGAUGUCAUCCUAA